GGCAGUCAGUGUUGUUCGACAAUCGACGGUGGCGGCACGAGCCGAGGGCGUCCGACUGAGGGCAGGUGACGAGUGGCGAGUGUGGAGUGGCGGAGUGACAGAGGAGUGAGCCGAGAGGCGGAGUUGGUGUCGGAGGAGUGGACAGGGCGGCUGGUGAGGUCACUCGGGCAGUGCGCUGUCCGGAGGAGAUGUAGGUGACCUGACCCGACCUGGUGUGAUCGGACUCUGUCAGAGGAGCAGGGAUGGAGGGGACGCGCCUGUUUGCGGCCUGCGUGGGCCUCAUGCUCUCCUGCACCUACGCCAACUAUGGAUCGUGGAUGAAUCUGGGCAUGCAGGGUCUGGACGUGUGGCGGAAUCCACAGAUCUACGUGGUGGGCACAUCUCCGCUGUGUGGCCGCAUCCCCGGCCUCAGUCCGGGUCAGAGGAAGCUCUGCCAGCUCCGGCAGGACCACAUGAGCAGCGUGGGCCGCGGCGCUCGGGCGGGUAUCGCCGAGUGCCAGCACCAGUUUCGGCACAGUCGCUGGAACUGCUCCACAGUGGACGACUCGUCCGUGUUCGGGCCCGUCCUCCAGAUUCCGUCCCGGGAGGCGGCGUUCGCGCACUCGAUCGCCGCUGCCGGCGUGGUGAUGUCGGUGGCCCGCUCGUGCCGGGACGGGCAGCUGGCCUCGUGCGGGUGCUCGCAGGCGGCGCGGCCCGACCACCUCGACGACGAGUGGGUGUGGGGCGGCUGCGGCGACAACAUCCACUACGGAUACAGGUUUGCAAAAGGAUUCGUAGACGUUCGGGAAAAGGAGAAGAAGCACAAGCGCGGCUCGGUGAAGUUCGCCAGGUCUCGGAUGAACAUUCACAAUAACGAGGCGGGACGGCGGUCGGUGAUUGCGCUGACCAAGCUGAACUGCAAGUGUCACGGCGUGUCCGGCUCGUGCUCGGCCGUCACCUGCUGGCAGCGGCUGCCCGCCUUCAGAGAAGUCGGUGACCUGCUCAAGGACAAGUACGACGGCGCCACGGAGGUGACCGUGACCCGGCGGGGUCGGCUGCGGGUCACGGACCGACGCUACCGGCGACCCACCCCCGAGGACCUGGUCUACAUCCAGGAGAGUCCCGACUACUGCCGCAAGAACAGCACGCUCGGCUCGUCAGGCACCACGGGCCGCACCUGCGACCGCACCUCGCAGGGCACGGACGGCUGCGGCCUGCUCUGCUGCGGCCGCGGCUACAACACCCAGCACGUCACCGUGGCGGAGCGCUGCAGCUGCAAGUUCAUCUGGUGCUGCAAGGUGCAGUGUAAGACGUGCCGUCGGGAGCGCACCAUCCACACGUGCAAGUGAGCGAGUGAGAACGGCCACCGGCGGACACCGGUAACCGGUGACCGAUACACUGGCCGAGCGAGUCUCAAAGUGUGAGAAAACACUGAACACUGAAGACAGAGUCGGUGCGUGGUUCAACGGAACCGGACACUAAAUACACAGAAUAAUGUUGUACAGAGUGUCGAUACGUGAAAACGAUGUUCAAAUAGUCGUCAGCGGAGUGAAUUUCGCGGCGCUGACGCCAGAGAGAAGUCUAACAUUUAGGGCGGCAUGGCCUGGCUCCUCGCUGUGGAGCUGCUGCCGAGGAGCCGUGUACAGAGCCGCUCUCUGCCGUCCGGGCCGGGCCGCGGUGCGCGGUGGCCGCCCGGGAGCCGCCGUCCCAUCCCGGGGUGCGAGCGAGCGAGCGCCUCCCAGGGCGCCGCUCAAAAGACCGAUCGAUCAAAGAGCAUUCUUGCAUUUGCCAAUCAUGCCGUGCGGCGUAUUGUGUGUAAAUGUGUGCCGUGCGCGUGGCUGCGGUUCGCAGGCGGAGCGGCCGACUGGCCGGUUUGUACGAAUGUCUGUAAUAUUAACUGUGUAAACGUCGUGUGAAUGUACCGUCAAUAUAUGGAGGAAGUCGCGCGAACAACUGUGUCCGCACUCUGCUUUAUGAGUUCAUUCGUGUUGAAGUCCAAUACAUGAUGAUAGAUAGUGAACACA